AUGGCUCCGACCUUCACCAACUCAUCCACAACUGUGUAUCUUCAGACCUUCCGUUCAUGGGCAGUAUCAGAUGAGAAGUGUCUGUACGUCCGUGGUCUUUUCGAUACCGGCAGUCAGAAGAGGUUUGUUCGAGAAAACAUUUCUAAAGCACUAAAUUUGCCAGUUAUAACUGAGUUGGACAUUAGCAUCAACACUUUUGCAACCACGUCUUCAAAGACCGUCAAGCGUCGGGUGGUGCAACUGAAGCUCCGGAACCAGUUCAGCUCGGAAGAUAUACUACUAGACGCAAUCGAGAUACCUGUCAUCCGCAAAGACAUCCCUUCGACGCCCGCAUGUGACCAGCAUCUUAUCGAGUUGACACGGAGUGGUCAGGAUAAUGCAGACGGCGUGAUCUUUCCUGGGGUUCCACAGGUGGAUGGGAUUAGUUUGCUGGUCGGAUCCGACCAGAUGUGGAGACUUUGCACUGGCGACAUCAGACGCUACCACGCAAAUGAUGCACUCGUUGCGAUGAACACUAAAUUUGGAUGGACAUUACAGGGACCAAGUGCAGUCCGAAGCUUUGCGGCCAGACAGACAAGCAAUAUGAUAUGUGUUCUCCGGGCCAACGUCAACCUUAAUCAGGAAAACUCUGAUGACGUCUUGAACCGGUUCUGGGAGCUCGAGAAUAUAGCCAUACUGGACGAGUGCCCAUCUGCUGAUAUCGACCCUCCUUUGAAGCACUUGCAGGAGACUGCAACCGUGAAGGACGGGAGGUACGAGGUACGCUUGCCGUGGAAACCACACAGCUAUCACUUGGAUGACAAUCUCAACAUAACCCAGACGCGAUUGAGCAAACUAGUUAGCCGCCUACAGAAAGACGAGAAACUUCUUGAAGAAUACGAUGAGGCGAUACGCAGGUACGUGAAGAACGAGCACGCCGGAGAAGUUCCGGUUAAGGUGGAUGUCUGUUCCGACCACAUUUAUUACAUGCCCCAUCGAAAGGUGAUCAGGGAGAGCUCAACCACGACUAAGCCUAGGGUGGUAUUCGAUGCACCAUCCCACGCUGCAGGAACAGCUUCAUUGAACGAUUGCUUGGAAUCAGGACCUAAAUUGAACCCCAACGUUCUGGACAUCCUGAUACGCUUCAGAACGUAG